GCCAGGCAGACGCUGCAGCUAAGCUGCGCGGUGGCUGUGGCAGGUUCGCGCCCGAGCUCUGCUAGCCACCCGUCCGACAACUUCCGGACUCCCAGGUAGGGAGGAGCCCCUGUUAGCACUGCCAGUUACCCCGAACACUUGGCCGUUUUGGAAGGGCCGGGACUCCCUCCCCUGCCUUGUGGGUGCAUCUGCUCAAACUCUGUCGGCCCCUCAAGCAGAAAUGGUGUGGGAUCUGGGCCAAACCCUUCUUGGAGUGACUCAGAGCCGCCAGCCCUACUGGAGGGAUGGGGCAUGGGGUGGAUGGCCCCUAGCCUUUCCCUUCUGAACUGGUUUGUAUCACCCCGGUGGCUUCAGUCCUGGUGCCUUCAUCUUAGCUCCUGUACUUUGCCUCUCCCACCCCACUGGUUUUCCUGCCUCCCUCUUCAGAGGUAAGACACAUGGCUGGACCAAGGCCUCCAGGGUAAGUGACCCGAACUUCAAGCCAGCAGAGGCCAUGUCAUCCUAAGCUAGGGAUAGGGGAGGCUCGCCGGGAUGAACCUUUGGCUUAACCUAACCUCUGCUCCCUACUUCAGCCUCACCCCAGUCUCAGAUGACGGGAGGCCAAUGCCAAAGACGGAUAGGAUCUAUAGAGGCAGCCUCUUCUAGGACUGGGACACAACAGUGCAUGAGGCAACUGACAGGGGUGAUGUAAAGCUGUUGUGUCUCCAUCCUGGUUGCCCCAGUUCUAGGAGGUGACGUGACACUACGGUGGUCGCUGCCCAGAUUGAGAAGUGGAAGGGGGUGUUGCUGGCCGCUAGAAACGCUCAUAAUUCCACUGAGUUUGAGGCUCUGGGAGAGCCCUGCCAUCAAGGAAGACAGCACAGGACUGGGACCCACCCAUGAACCCUUCUCAGGACAACCCAACAGCACCAGUGGGGAUGUUCUCCUAAGCCGCAGAGGGCCUGGGCACGCCAUCCGUCCUCCAGGAAGAGCCAUGGUGUUAAUGCAGGACAAGGGCAGCUCUCAGCAGUGGCCUGGUCUGGGGGGCGAGGGUGGUGGCACAGGUCCCUUAAGCAUGCUCAGGGCUGCCCUGCUGCUCAUCAGCCUGCCGUGGGGGGCCCGAGGGACAGCCAGCACCAGCCUCAGCACUGCUGGGGGUCACACCGUGCCACCGACUGGGGGCCGCUACUUGAGCAUUGGAGAUGGCUCUGUGAUGGAGUUUGAGUUUCCUGAGGAGAGUGAGGGCAUCAUCGUGAUCUCCAGCCAGUACCCAGGCCAGGCCAACAGGACGGCGCCUGGCCCCAUGCUCAGGGUCACCUCCCUGGACACAGAGGUGCUGACCAUCAAGAACGUGAGUGCUAUAACCUGGGGAGGCGGGGGUGGCUUUGUGGUGAGCAUCCACUCAGGCCUGGCUGGGCUGGCCCCACUCCACAUCCAGCUCGUGGACGCCCAUGAGGCCCCACCCACACUGAUUGAGGAGCGGAGAGACUUCUGCAUCAAGGUCUCACCUGCUGAAGACACCCCUGCCACCCUCAGCGCCGACCUGGCCCACUUCUCGGAAAACCCAAUCCUCUACCUGCUCCUGCCUCUUAUCUUUGUCAACAAGUGUUCGUUUGGGUGCAAAGUGGAACUCCAGGUUCUGAAGGGGCUCAUGCAGAGCCCCCAGCCCAUGCUGCUGGGCCUCCUGGGCCAGUUUCUGGUCAUGCCCUUGUACGCUUUCCUCAUGGCCAAGGUCUUCAUGCUGCCCAAGGUCCUGGCUCUGGGCCUCAUCAUCACCUGCUCGUCGCCUGGCGGCGGGGGGAGCUACCUCUUCAGCCUCCUUCUUGGAGGGGACGUCACCCUGGCCAUCUCCAUGACUUUCAUCUCUACGGUGGCUGCCACUGGCUUCUUGCCUCUGUCUUCGGCCAUCUACAGCCGCCUGCUCAGCAUCCAUGAGACACUCCACGUGCCCAUCUCCAAGAUCCUGGGGACCCUGCUGUUCAUCGCCAUCCCCAUAGCCGUGGGCGUGCUGAUCAAGUCCAAGCUCCCCAAGUUCUCCCAGCUGCUGCUGCAGGUCAUCAAGCCCUUCAGCUUUGUGCUCCUCCUGGGCGGCCUCUUCCUGGCCUAUCGCAUGGGGGUCUUCAUCCUGGCAGGCAUCCGGCUACCCAUCGUACUGGUGGGUAUCACGGUGCCCCUGGUUGGCCUGUUGGUGGGCUACUGCCUAGCCACGUGUCUGAAGCUGCCAGUGGCCCAGCGGCGGACGGUCAGCAUUGAGGUAGGGGUGCAGAACAGCCUGCUGGCCUUGGCCAUGCUGCAGCUAUCCCUCCGCCGCCUUCAAGCUGACUAUGCCUCCCAGGCCCCCUUCAUUGUGGCGCUGAGCGGCACCUCCGAGAUGCUGGCCUUGGUCAUCGGCCACUUCAUCUACAGCAGCCUGUUCCCAGUUCCCUGAGGCCUCUGGGUCAAGCUUUCAUGAGCCCCAGCCCCCAUACUCCACCAAAGUUCUCACGCACUAUGCACUCAGAAAAAUCCAGGCUUAUUUUUUUUACUGAUUUUUUAUUCUCCAGCUUUCAGUGCCAAAGAGGCCAUGCUGAGUUAGGUAGGUGGGCGCUGCCCAGAAAAUAUAUUUCAAUAAAAGAGAGAAGCAA